AUGGUGACGAUUAACGAGCUGCUUUUGGAAACACUUGAAAAUUUGGGACACAAGGAGCUAAAAUCUUUCAAGUGGUACCUGCAGAUGCCUGAGGUCCACGAUGGCUUCACCCCAAUCCCAAAGUUCCAGCUAGAUGAGGCAGACAUGCUGGACACAGUGAAUGUGAUGGUGCAGAAAUACAACCAACGGGCUGUGGAGGUGGCCAAGAUGGUUUUAGGGAAGAUGAGCAGAAAUGAUCUGGUACAGCAUUUGUCAAACAGCAGUUCAGAACUAAAAGAUAUGAAGACUUCAGUGCAAGAGCCUGCACAAUGGAUCAUAAUAUACCAACGUACACUCCAGUCUCACCUUCAGAGCAAGUUUAUGUGUGCUCGAGAGGGCAUGGCAGAGAAGUCGGAUGAACAGUGUCUGGUUGACAUCUACACAGAGCUGUUCAUCACAGCUGGGGUGGAACUACGCAUCAAUGAACAGCAUGAGAUCAUGCAGAUUGAGAUGCACAAUGGGAAGGUAGCAGUGAAAGAGAAACCAGUUGAGCAAAGUAACAUAUUCGAAAGCCCUACUGGAAAACACAAACCCAUAAGAACAGUGUUGACGACUGGAGUUGCAGGAAUUGGCAAAACAUUCCUUGUUCAAAAGUUUGUGUUGGACUGGGCUGAGGGACUAAUGAAUCAAGAUGUGCAUCUUUUAUUCCCCUUCACUUUCCGUGAACUGAAUUUACUGAAGGGAGGAAGGUUUCGCUUGGCAGAGCUAAUCCGCACAUGUAUCUGGGAAACCAAAGACAUCUCGAUGGAGAAACUUCACGACAUCUUCAGAGAACUACAGGCAUCAGGAAACCGAAAUUUUAACAAAAGUAAAUAUAAACUUCUGUUUGUGUUGGAUGGCCUAGAUGAAAGCCGCCUUCAGCUGGACUUCACUCACAUUGAAAAACUGCCAGCUGACUUCAAUGUCACACAGCCAACCUCAGUGGAUGGACUGCUGACAGCUCUCAUCACAGGGAAACUGCUUCCCUCUGCUCGAGUAUGGAUAACCACAAGGCCUGCAGCGGCUAAUCAGAUCCCUCGAGAGUUUGUUGACAGCAUGACAGUGGUGAGGGGAUUCACUGGUCCACAGAAGGUGGAGUACUUCAGGAAGAGAUUCCCAGAUAAAAUGCAAGCCAGCAGAAUCAUCUCCCACAUCAAGGCAUCGCGAAGCCUCUUCAUAAUGUGCCACAUCCCAGUUUUCUGCUGGAUCACUGCUACAGUUCUAAAGGAUGUUUUGAAGACCAGAACACAGGCAGAGCUGCCCAGAACCCUGACUGAGAUGUACACAGAAUACCUAAAGUAUCAGAUGACCCUGACAGAAGAGAAAUGUGGCACAAAAAAGAGCAUUCAUUACAUCCAGUCAUUAGCAAAACUAGCUUUUGACCAGCUAGAGAAAGGCAACCUCAUCUUCUACGAGAAAGACCUGAAAGACAGUGGCAUCAAUUUCCGUAAAGCCUCACUGUACUCUGGAGUUUUCACAGAGGUCUUUAAAGAGGUGCACAAGUGGAAGAGGGACAAUGACAAGGGCAAGAUGUUCAGCUUUGUCCAUUUAAGCCUUCAGGAGUAUCUGGCUGCCCUUCAUGUGGUGAUGUCACUCAUUAACAACAACAAGAAUGUUCUGUCUGAGCCACAGCUAACACUGGAAAGUCUGUUUAUGCUUUGCAAGAGAAAAUCCAUAACAGAGGUCAAUGAGAUUGCAAUUGACAAAGCCUUACAAAGUCCAAAUGGGCACCUGGACUUGUUCCUUCGCUUCCUCAUGGGUCUUUCCCUGCAGACCAAUCAGGAUCUCCUUAAAUGCCUGUUGAAGGUGCCAAAAGGGUUCUCUCAGACCAACCCCAAAACAAUCCAGUUCAUCAAGGAAAGGAUCAGGGAGAAUACAUCUCCAGAGAGGAGCAUCAAUCUGUUCUACUGUUUGAAUGAGCUGAAAGAUGAUUCUCUAGAGGAGGAGAUCCAACAGUACCUGAGUUCAGGAAGGCUUUCCACAAAAACGCUCUCUCCGGCUCUCUGGUCAGCUCUGGUCUUCAUCUUGUUGUCAUCAGAAGAAGCGCUGGAGGUGUUUGACCUUAAAAAAUACUCUGCUUCAGAGGAGGGUCUACUGAGGCUGCUACCAGUGGUCAAGGCCUCCAACAAAUCCCUGCUGAGUGGCUGUAAUCUGUCAGAGAACAGCUGUGAAGCUCUGGCCUCAGUUCUCAGCUCUCAGUCCUCUAAACUCAGAGAGUUGGACCUGAGUGACAAUGACCUGCAUGAUUCAGGAGUGAAACUCCUCUCUGCUGGACUGAAGAGUCCACAUUGUGCCCUGCAAACUCUCAGACUGUCAGGCUGUAUGAUCACACAGGAAGGCUGUGCUUCUCUGGCUUCAGCUCUGGAGUCCAACCCCUCCCACCUGAGAGAGCUUGACCUGAGCUACAAUCAUCCAGGAGACUCAGGAGAGAGGCUGUCUGCUGGACUGAACGAUCCACACUGGAGCCUGGACACUCUCAACCUCGACCAUGGUGGAGAGCAAAGACUGAAACCUGGUCUGAAGAAAUAUGUUUGUGAACUAACACUGGAUCAAAACACCGCACAUGGAAACCUCAAACUGUCUGACAACUGCACGAAGGUGACAACCGUAAAAGAGAAGCAGCCGUAUCGUCAUCACCCAGACAGAUUCGACUGCUGGCUUCAGGUGCUGUGUAGCACUGGUCUAACUGGUCGCUGUUACUGGGAGGUUGAGUGGGAAGGUAGGGUUUACAUAGCAGUGACAUACAGAGGAAUCAGACGGAAAGGAGAGGGAGCUGACGGCUGUCUUGGAGCAAAUGACCACUCCUGGAUGCUGCUCUGUGAUGACGACGGUAGUAUCUCUGUCCGGCAUGAAGACAGAGCUACGCCAAUUUGUCCCCGGUCGUCUGCUGCUUCUAACAGAGUGGCAUUAUUUUUGAACUAUCCUGCUGGCACUCUGUCCUUCUAUACAGUGGAAUCUGACAAACUGACUCACCUCCACACCUUCCACUCCACCUUCACUGAGCCUCUUUACCCUGCGUUUGGGUUUGGGUAUGGAUUUGAUGGAUUUGACUCAAGUUCCUCAGUGUCCUUAUGGGAGGUAGAAGAUGGCACCUUCUCCACACACUGUUGA